AUGAACGGCACAAAUGGCACCAACGGCCACUAUGCUGCCCCGCCGACUCUCAGGAGAGCCGAAGAGGUCGAGGAUUUGCUCGAAGCUGUCAAGGGUCUGAUUGUCCCUUACAUCAGAGUGGCCGACGAGGCCGCCGGUCAAAAAGCCGGUGGAAACACCUCGGUCGACAUCGAGGGAGUCCCGCGCAACGUUCUGGUCGACACGCACAAGCCGGAGGCGCUGGCCGAGAAGCUGAAGCUGUCCCUGCCGGAGGGCGACGGCCUCGGCAAGGAGGGCCUGCUCGACGUGAUGCGCAAGAUUUUGAGCUACAGCGUGAACACCUGGGACCAGGGCUUCAUGGACAAGUUAUAUGCUAGCAACACUCCGGUUGGUGUCGUCUCUGACCUUCUCUUGUCCGUCCUCAACACGAACCUUCACGUUUAUCAAGUCUCGCCGGCGUUGAGCAUCAUUGAAAAGAUCACGGCUAGAAAAUUUGCCAACCUGUUCGGCUUCACGGGACCCCGGGCGGGAGGAGUCACCUGUCAAGGCGGGAGUUCGUCCAACCUGACAUCCCUCGUUGUCGCUCGCAGCGCCCUCUACCCCGAGACCAAAACCUCGGGCAACGACUCGCACGACUUCGUCAUCUUUACCAGCGCACACGGCCACUACUCCGUCGAAAAGAGCGCCCUGACCUGCGGACUUCGCGCGUCGAGCGUCUGGGCCGUACCGGUCGACUCCGCCGGGCGCAUGAUCCCCGAAGCCCUCCGUGAGCUUGUCGUCCGCGCCAAGGCGGAAGGCAAGACGCCCCUGUACGUCAAUUCCACUGCCGGGACGACGGUCAUGGGCUCCUAUGACCCGUUUGAGGAGAUCUCGGCCAUCUGCAAAGAGUUCGGCCUGUGGUUCCACAUCGACGCAAGCUGGGGAGGGUCGGUCAUCUUCUCCGAGAAGCAAAGAGCGAAGAUGAAGGGCUCCCACCUGGCCGACUCGCUGACGGUCAACCCGCACAAGAUGAUGAACGUGCCGGUAACGUGCUCAUUCCUCCUCACGCCGGACGAGAAGGUGUUCCACAAGGCCAACACCCUGCCGGCAGGCUACCUGUUCCACAACGUGGACGAGACUGAGGACGUGUGGGAUCUGGCCGACCUGACCCUCCAGUGCGGCCGCAGGGGCGACAGCCUCAAGCUGGCCCUGGCCUGGAUCUACCAUGGCGCCGGCGGAUUCGAGCGACAGAUCGAUCACGCCUUCUCCUUGGCCGAGCACCUCGCGACGCUGGUCGAGCAGAGCAGCGACUUCGUCUUGGUCUCGUCAAACCCGCCGCCCUGCCUGCAGGUCUGCUUCUACUACGCGCCCAACGGCCAGCUCGCGAAGGAUGCCGAGACGAACACGAGGCGUACCAGCCAGAUGGUUUCGAAACUCAUCGAGCGUGGUUUCAUGGUUGACUAUGCCCCAGGCGAACAGGGCAGCUUCUUCCGCGUGGUCGUUAACUGCCAGACCCUCAGAGGAACCGUCGAGGGGCUAGUCAAGGCAUUGGAGGAGGUAGGGAAGGAGGUCGUCGUGUAG